GUCAGGAUUUGGUGCUAAAACCGGUGUUUUCAGACAGACUACAGAGGAUGUGAUACUGAAAUAUACAACACCAAUUACUCCUGCUUUGUGGACUUUUUUUGUCUGGGAUUUCAUAUAUUUUUGGGUGUGCGCUAUGUUUAUUUAUUUUCUAUCAGGACUCUGUAGAAGGAGUGCUUAUGACUGGAUGUACACCACGCCUGCAGUGCUACCCUAUGGAUUUCAUGUUUCUACUAUCAUCAAUUUCUGCUUGAACAUUACAUGGUUGUUCCUGUUUGACAGAGAGUUGUUGCUGCCGAUGCUGAUAACUUCAGGACUAAUGACGUUUACUGAUUAUUUGAUUUUGUUUUUCUCCUGUCAUGGAUUGAAGAUCUAUGGAGCUUGGUUGAACAAAUACCACAAAGAAGACCUGUGGCUCUUCAGAAUACUGGUACAAAAUGGAGUUGCAGUAUACGCAACAUGGGGGACCCUUUCCACUCUGCUCAACCUGACGAUAUACUUACAACAUCAGACAGGGACGCCGAGAUGUGAUUGUGCAAUGCUGUCACAGCUGCUGCUUCUGAUGGAGCUGUUUGCCUGGUUUUUGUUAGAGAACUUCUACCUGGAUGAGCAUGUGCGUUACAUCUUGACUAUCUACCCUGUAGUAAUCCUGUGGUUAGCUGCGAGCCUAAACAACUCUCUUGCUCCUUAUAGUAGCACCUUUAUCUUUGGAGGUUUGAUCCUGGGUAUUUCCUGCCUCAUGUUUGUGGCACGUGUCGCCCUGGUCACGUGGAAGCACCGCAAACAACCACUUUACAAUGAUAAUGAACCUAGCAUGUCUCCAAUAGAAAUUGCCUUGACACAGAGCAAACUGUUCCUAUGA